AUGGGGAGUGGGAAGGUCAGCAUGGGCCCACAGGGCCAGGUGUCCGGCCCAGAUUCCCACCCUCAGGGCGGCGGCGCGCAAAGGGCGCAGUCCCCGACGCUGGGCGGACCCGCGGCUCCGGCUUUCCCGGUGUCUCCAGCCUCGGUGCCCGGAACCCCCGAUCUCGGCCUGGCGCUCCAGCGAGGCAGCUCGGUGCCCCAGCAGGGACGGGGAACGCUUGGCUUGAGAGAUCACAUUUCUGGGUGUGGAGAGAAUGUCAAUCACAUACUCAGAAUAUCACCUCCUUGGGCACAGCCAGGGCAUGGUCCAUUGAAAAUGUUCCUGACUGCCUGAAGCUGAUGGCUCACCAUAAAAGCCAAAAUGGGGACCUGUCAAAAAUGUAUUAGCCAAACUAUGGCUUGGCUCAGGAAGAUGCCAAGACCAAAGGCUGCUGAACUUUACGUAUAAACUUGCAUGAAAAGCACAUCACUGAUCUGAGACAGUGGAGGCUUAGUGGUGAGAAUAUGGGCUCUGGAUGGACCUGGUUUCAAGUCUUGGCUCUGUCAUUCACCAGCUGUGUGAAUUUGGGCAAACCACUUUUUUUCUCUGAUGCUCAGUUCCCUCACCUAGCAAAAAGGGUGAUAAUGAUGGCAUCAACUCAUAAGGUUCAUGAGGACUGAGUUAGAUAAUGCAUACACAUGUUUCAUAUACAAUAAUAAAUAAAAAUGUUGGCUGUU